UGGUUUGUACCUCCAGCCCACAUUUAAUGGCUCACAGAAAUUCCUGAACUUACUUUUAGUUCUAGCUCUAGCUCGAGGGUUAUUCUGCUAUUAAACUUCUCAUGCAUGGCAGUCUUCAACUUUUCUAGUGCAGUACUGUUUCUACUAUUGGCAGUGGUGAUCAAUAAUCUUAAGCUAUCACUCUGUCAAGAGCUGAUCAGGUAUGCUCUGUUCACCUCUGGUCCUGUUGGAGGCUUCCAUACAUCAGGAGUGGUGCCUGCCAUUGAGUUAGCAGAGGAGCUGAUUAAUGCUGACAUCUCUAUUUUACCUGGCUACAACCUCACUCACACACCUGUGGUGGACACAAUGUGUGAUAGAACUGUGUCGCUGAAUGAAUACUUUGAUGCCAUUUCUCCACCCCACCCGACUGUGCUUGGUCUCCUGGGCUGUGGCUGCUCAGUGGCCUCCACUCCUGUGGCAGAGAUCAUUCACCACAACAGUAUCUCACAGGUAUCGUACGCGUCGUCUUCGAUUGAGUUGAGUGACAGAAGUCGUUUCCUCAACUUCUUCCAUACCUACCCCUCUGAUGCUGACUUUGCUCCAGCCGUAGUCAGCCUCAUUCAAGAGUACGGCUGGAGACGCAUUGCCUUCAUCACUCAAGAUGAGAGCUUGUUUACUGAGGUUCUGGUUAAUCUAAGAGGUCCUCUGAACUCCCUUGGUAUUGGAAUUGUUAACAAGAUAGUUUCUUCAACCGUUUAUAACAAUGGAUUCAGCACCUCAGAUGCUGAUUUGAUUUUUGAAAAGGAUGGCCAUCGAGUUUUCUUUAUCAAUGCUUUCUCAAACCUUGGUCGAAAGAUUAUGUGCGAGGCAUACAUAAGAGGUUUCAUCUAUCCCAAUUAUGCGUGGUUGACCUACGGCUGGUACCAGGACAGGUGGUGGACAGAGGAGGUGAACCCAGAGCCAACAAACUGCACUGAUGACCAACUAGCAGAGGCCCUGCACAGAUCCAUUGCACUUCAGUUGCGACCAGAGUUGAAUGACUCUAAAACCAUUACAGAAUCUCAAUUGAAACCUACAGAAUUUGAUUCUCUAUAUAAAAGAAGGCUUGCAAUUAAUACUCAAGAUAACUAUACGUACACCUUUUUCGCAACCGUGGCUUACGAUGCACUCUGGACAUUUGCUCUGGCGCUGAACAGGACCAAUGAGAUGAUUGGCGGUCUGAUAAGGGAGGAGAUUUUGAACAUGACUCAGUGUGGAGGGACUGAUGAGGAGACUGGUGUAAAGUGGGAAGUGGUGUCACUGGAGAACUUCACCUACUCCAAUCAGCUCAUGGGCUGCAUCAUCAGGUGGAACCUGGAGAGAACAGACUUUGUGGGGGUGUCUGGUCAAGUCACAUUUGACGACACUGGAUCAAGAGUUUUUGAUGACGUGAUGUUCUUUCAGUACCGAUUAUCAGCCAACAACUCUAGUUUGACACGUGUGUUAUUUGCAUCUUCUCACAGCAUCAAUAAGUCCAGUGCAGAAUUCAUAUACAUUAAUGGAGAAAACAAUAACUCAGUUUUUCCCCAGGGUAUACCACCUGAUGGGAUACCAAUUCCUCAGAUUCUCACUUACCAUUUAGCUCUGGUGAUUCCCUACUACAUAUUGGCAGCUGUCGGCCUUGUCUUCUGUACUGUGUGCCUGAUCUUCAAUUUUACGCAGAGAAAAAAGAAGAUUGUCAAAAUAACAAGUCCGAACAUAAACUACAUCAUCAUUGUUGGCGCCUACAUGAUGUACUCCUCUAUAUACUUCAGAAUUUUACCCAGUAAAGACUUCACUCUGAACGUUGUGAGAUGUUUUAUUGAUUACCUUGCAAGCAUAACAGGAUACAACUUGGCAUACGCAGCAAUUCUUGUCAAAAUGGGAAGAGUUUACUAUAUUUUCCACAACCCAUCAUUGACAAAAAAGACACUAAAAGAUUGGAAGCUUUUCUUGAUAGCCAUCAGUAUUUCAAGCGUUGGUGUCAUCUUAGCUGUAUUGCAAGUCGCAGUGCCACAGCUUCAACCAAUACCACACGUGUCAAAUUCAUCUGAGUCAACUCAGCAAAUUUUUAAUGAAUUAGGGGUUAUGAUUGAACAGCAGGUUUAUGUUUGUUUCAGUUUUGGUCAAAACACAUUCGCAACAAUCUGGAUUGUGCUAAUAGUUGUAUAUACAGCUCUGCUCCAAAUUGUCGGGCUUAUUCUGGCUUUUCAGACCAGAAAAGUGAAAAUCAAGCAAUUGCAUGACUCGAAGUACAUUGCGGGAAUGAUUUACGCUUCUGCAAUUUCCCUUGUGAUCAACGCUAUAGCCAUAGCAAUCGAUGGUUCUCUCUUAAACACUGUUGAAACACUCUUCUCUGGUAGUCUACUGGCUGCAACAACCGUCUUCUUAGCACUUGCAUUUAUUCCCACGAUGGUCAGUUUGUACCGAGACUCGACAGGGAAGUUUAUUAUGGGUGAGAGGAGGAACUCAGUAACAGGAAAUAAGAUGAGUGGACUGUCUGACGUAGAGAGAAGAACGGUGGAAAGUAAACAAACUCAAAUGGAGCUAAGGAUACAAGAGUUGGAGAAAGUAGUGCGAAGCUAUGAGCCAAGUCAUGCUUGUUUGUUUUUACAGAGUAAUUCAUGUGUCAGUCAAAAAGAGGUGAACAGUUCUACCGUGACGUCUAAUAGAUCUGGUGAAAAUUUCCAACCAUGAUGUAAACACCCUGGGUACACAACAUUUCAUUUUUGCUUCUAGUUAUUGUGUGUGUCGUUGCAUGGAGGAGUAGCACUAGGACAUUAAUUUGUCUUUCAUUGUCCAAUACUAAAUGUUGUUUAUACUUUGGC